UUAGUUUGCACUGACGUCAGGAAGAUAAAGGCAGUCUAUUCGACACUCGCAUACACAGGGCGGUCAAGCGCGCGUGCUGUGCGCGGCUGCAGUUUAUUUAUGUUACGCGACUUCCUGGUGUUCUUCGUAGAUUUGGGCUGCUUAAGUUUUUCUUGUGCAGCUCCUCGUAGACUCUUUUGAGUACAAGUAGCCUAUGAUGGAGCAGGGGGGUAAAAAGACUAGAACGUUCCGAUACCGAAAAUGAGACUGACAGCUGAUGCUCACACUCACAGCACUUCCGAAAGGAACUUCUACAAUAUGAAUGUUUUGUGCUACGCCCAGUAUGUCGUUUAUCAGAACCUCAUCGCUUUACAUCCGACGAACUUUCCAGUCUCGUAGCUGCGCGUAAACAAAAUAUUGGGAAUGAAAUCUACCCUCACCUACAUUUUAUAAGUUGACAUCAUGACGAAGAGAUCCCGUCGAACACUAGAUCAGGAUGACCCUCUGUGCUGUUGUGAGUACAUUGAUCGUCAUGGCGGGCGUAGUCACAUGGUAGCAUGUUGCUGUGACUGUGAGGACUUGGAUGAUGCUUGUGACAGAUGGAUGAAGAAGGCGCCUCAAAAUCCAGACUCCAUAUCUCGGGUAGUCGCCACGAUCAGUGAUCGUCUGCGGGUGCCCUGGAUAUAUGGUGCCCAACAAGUUGAUCUAUCAUUGAUCCCUCCUCUUAUUCUGCUUCCUGUUUUUUUGCACAUUGCAGCCUUGCACUACUUGCUGGGUAUUUUAGUGCUAACAGCAUUGCCCAUCAUGGUUCUUUGGUACUACUACUUCACUCAUCGAAAGAAAGGACGCACUUUAUUCUUCCUCAGCCUUGCCCUCUUCUCCCUCUUCUACAUGUUCUACCUCUUCAUCACCGAAGUCGUCCCUCGCGGUGAUGUGAAUCAUUUUCAGUUGGGAGCUGUGAUGGCGGGUGUUGCUCUUACGGUCAUUUCUCUCAUAAUCACCAAGAGGGGGCCGGGUUACGUCAGGCCUCGUCCAUCUGACACUCAUAGUACAGUGACCUAUCACAAGCCACCACCUGAUGUAGAUGCCGCCUAUCUAAAUGGAGAACGGCACCAGGUGGUGAUAGCCAAUCAAGCCAGUCCUCCUGAACAAAUUAGUGAAUCUGGGACAGCACAGGAGAGUGUUCAGAGGACGAAUUGGUGUACAGUAUGCAAAGUGGCGCGUCCCCCGAGAGCCGGACACUGCAGGAUCUGUGGAGUCUGCAUCCUGCGUCUGGACCAUCACUGUGUCUGGAUCAACAGCUGUGUGGGACAAGCCAAUCACCUCAGUUUCCUUCUGACGCUUGUUUUCUUUCUGCUGACGUCGCUGUACGGGAUCAGUUUGGUGCUUCGCAGCGUGUGUCCCCAUCAGAGUGUGAUGACUGCACUGCUCUACUGUCCUGACGUCUACAAGCAGUACAGUUCUGCUCUGUGUUUCACCUGUGCCUGGUACAGCAGUAUCGUGACAGGAGGUUUGCUGCACCUGCUGAUCUUACAGCUUAUCAACGUCAGCUUCAACGUGACCGAACGCGAGGCACGCCUGGCUCUGAGAGAGAAAACCGGUCGCAGCCGUCUCUGGGGUCUCAUCGUCGACACUGGUGUUUACUCCCGAGGUUUCCGUAGUAAUUGGACUGAAUUCUUGACCAUGAGCAAGGAGUCAUCAAACCAUAAACCAUCAGAUCUGGUGUAGACACUAAACUGGCAGUGUCUGCUGAUGGAAAGGUCUGACUUUAAAGUGAAUUAUCACUCAUACACUACAGUGAAGUAUAAUGUUGUGCUACUUAAUGCCUUCAACAUCCAUUCCGGAGUCAGUUUUAUGGCUCCAAACAUUGCGGUCAAGGCCUCAUCAAGAGUCAGUUGAAUGUUGUGGAUCAGUAGAUGGCAGUGUUGUAGUAUAUUGCAUCUCUACCAGUGUAAUUCAACAUCGAGUGCAUCAUUACUCAGGAUGAUUUGCGGUGGAUAGUGAUUACACAUGACUUGACAUAGAUAUUAUGUUCUCCCUACAUACUAAUAAAAAUUCAUUAGAAAUAGUAAAUAAGAAUUAAUACAUUAAUUUUGUAUACUUUUUAGUCAUUUCACUCAGAAGGAGCCAUUUAUAGCUACAGUUUUUACAUUCAUAAUAAGGUUUCAUUUGUUAAUUUCAACAUUUACUAAUACAAUUUUAAAAUCAAAAGUUAUCUGUAUCUGUUAACAUUAGUUAAUGCACUGUGAACUAGCAUGGACAAACAAUAAACAAAUGUAUUUUUAUUAACAAACAUUAAUAAAGAUGAAUAAAUGCUGUAAAAUAUAUAUUGUUCAUUGUUAGUUCAUGUUAGCUAAUGUAUUAACUAAUGUUAACAAAUGAGACCUUAUUGUAAAGUGUUACCACGAAUGUGUAUUUCUGGUUUACAUUCACUGCUAGUUUGAUCAAUUAUGGAUUGAACUGUCUAAUAUUUGUUCUUUCAACUCCAAAGUGUGUCUUAUAUGUGAAAGCACAUUCAACAUCAAACUAUAUUUAGUGCCUUUUGGGACAUCAGAUGUGAUGCAACAGCACACAGCUUUAAAACUCAUCUCAGUAUGAAUGUUUUAUGUUGAGCUUCAUGUUUGUUGUUUGGGGUCUUUGUGUGUGUGUUUUCUUUUCAUAUGCUUCAAUUAGGGAUAAAUCUAUGCUGCUUACCAUCCAGCUCCAUUUCAGUGUUUUUGAAUCAAAGUUGGUUUCCUUCCAUUAAAUGCCUUUUGAGCACAGAAGCAGAUAAUGAAACGCUUCAAAAUCCGGAUGUUUAUUUGUCUCAUGUGAGAUGGUUUAUAAUGUAAUGCAUUUAAUUCUACAAGUUGUUCAAUUAAACUGUACCAUGGAAAAAUAAACAAGCGUAAAAAGAUUAAACGCGGCGGCUCAUCAAGCUGCA